CGCGGCCCUUCUCGCGAGGUUUCCGGCCGGCUGCGGGCGCGGCGGCUCCAUGCGCUCGGAGCGGGAGGCAGGGCUGGCGCCGGAGCCGCGGCCAGGGCCGGGCGGCGGCCGCGACGCGCGGCCCAUGGACACCCCGCUGCCGCAGGAGGCGCCGCGCCGCGACACGGACGCACUGCCGAAGCCGCCACCGCCGCUUUCCCCGCCGUCCCCGCUGCCGCCGCCGCUUCACCCGGCGCCGGGGAAACAGCGGGAGGAGAAGAAAACGGCGCUGAGCAAAGUGGUUAUUCGAAGGCUUCCUCCUUGUCUCACCAAGGAGCAACUGGAGGAACAGCUGCAUCCUCUACCUGCCCAUGAUUAUUUUGAGUUUUGCACUGCUGAUCCCAGCCUUUAUCCUCAUCUCUACUCAAGAGCAUACAUUAACUUUAGAAAUCCUGAGGACAUCCUUCUUUUUAGAGAUCGCUUUGAUGGCUAUGUCUUCAUUGAUAAUAAAGGUUUGGAAUAUCCUGCAGUGGUUGAGUUUGCUCCAUUCCAGAAGAUUUCAAAAAAGAAACUGAAAAAAAAAGAUGCCAAAGCUGGGAGCAUUGAAGAUGAUCCAGAAUAUAGGAAAUUUUUAGAGAAUUAUUGUGCUGAUGAAGAGAAGAUCUGUGCCAAUCCUGAGAUUCUUUUGGGAGAGAUUGAGGCCAAAACAAGGGAACUCAUUGCUAGAAGAACAACACCCCUUUUGGAAUAUAUUAAAAAUAGAAAAUUAGAAAAGCAGAGGAUACGAGAAGAGAAAAGAGAAGAACGAAGGCGGAGAGAGUUGGAGAAGAAACGUUUGCGGGAGGAAGAGAAAAGGAAGCGCAGAGAAGAAGAAAGACGUAAAAGAAAAGAAGUGGAGAAACAAAAGAAGAUUUCUGAAAAAGAAAUAAGGAUCAAGCUUCUCAAGAAGCCUGAAAAAGGAGAUGAACUGGCCAGUGAAAAGCACAAAGAAAAAGGUGAAGAAGCCGACAUUGAGGAAAACAAAUGGGAUAAAUCACCUGGAUCUGGGAGUAUAAAAUCCAAAUCUUUGGAGAGUUCACUAAAAGAACUAAAGGAAAAGUCACAAAAUGAUAGUGACAAAGAGCAAAGAGAUUUGGAGAGAAGAUUUCGAGAAAAAGAACCUGAAAGACAAAGGAUCGUCCAGCCAUGCAGCUGUACCAGCCAGGAGCUCGCACCCGAACACACAUGGGGCCUACAAGUAAAACCUUUGACUGCAGUGGGAAAUCCUUUGAAGAUGCUCUUGAUAAAAAGUAUGAAGCAGAUAAUUCAGCUGGAGCUAAUUCUGAAAAGACCGAAGAAGCAGAAUAAAACAAUCUGGGGGAAAAGGCUUGUGAAAAGGAAUGAAUUUAAGAUUCAGCAUCAUCACAAAAAAUCCAAUGGGCUGUUUCAGAACUCCACAGGCAAUUGUAUCAAAAAAAUAAUAAUAGCUCUGCCUCUUACUUUCUGUAAAAUAAAGGGAAGAAUAACUGGAGAUAUAUAAAAUAUCUUACAGCAAGGAGUAUUCUUGCUUUUUUACAAAAAGUAGCUCAAGCACUCUUUGCCUCAUUUAAAAGCAGUUCAAGUAUUUUAUUAGAUUUACCUUGAAAUAGAAGACCCUCUAACAAUUUUAAAGGAAUAUUUAUAUGAGACUUUACAGAAGCUAUGUCAUCUUUUUGAGUCUAAAAUGAAAUGUAAAUUUGCAUCAGUUUGAAAUCUGAGGCACUUUACACGUCUUUGCUGCAUGACGUGAGGGUCCACAGGACGCCCUCCUGCAAAGCAGGGGCAGCUGCAGGGUGUUGCAGUCGGACUCGGUGGGACCAGCCCUGGGACAAAGCUCUGGAGCCAGUGGUGUUUGUAGGAUUGAGGCCCACAGUUUGCACAGUUGUGAGGAAUGUCCAGUGGUAUCUGUACCUCAUGGUGUUUACAUUGGUUUCCAAUUAACCAUAGUGUCAGAUAAGUGUUAGUAAAGCUACAAGUAUGUUGUUGGAGAGUUUGUCGUUUUCUGAGCCACUUUUGCCUUUUAUGUUUUAAUAGAUUCCUUGUGCUUAAAACAGAAGACAGCUAAUGCAAACAUCAGCACAUUAACAAUAAAUCUGGUUUUAAUUAAUUAGCUGUUUUUUAUUGUUCUGACAAUGACUUUUGCACAAAAAAAAUGGUUGUACAGUGAUGACUUUUUAUAUGCUAAUGUUUCAUAUAAGUUGCAGUAACAGGAUUUAGAAAAUGUAAGAUACAUGAACAUUCUGCAGUUUUAUUUGUUAAAAAAAUAAUCACAUAUGAAUGUCAGUUGCAAACUCCCAUUUUGUAAGAUGUAGGCCAAAUUCUGCCCUCUAAGGCAGGCACAUACACUUGUGUGUGUGUGUGUUCUGUUUGUUUCAAUGAUUCACGUGUUUAUGAAAGGGCAGGAUAUCUUCAUUUGUCUUUUAUAGCUGAAAAAAUUCUCAGACCUGCUUUGUCAUGUCAUUGAAGUUAAAUAGUAAGAUAUUAAUUUAUUUUUUCAUCCUCUCUGAACAUUUUAUUAUUAUUAAGCAUAACAUUUAAUUGUCUUAGACUGAAAAUGAUUUAUUGUAUUCUACCAGAUAUUAAGCAUUAAAUAGAAUAAAAGCAUAAAAGAUUUUGACUAUGA